AAAGCGCCACCUGCCGGUGUAUCAGGUUUCCAAGCACCUCUUGAACUUCCAAGAUGGAGAUUCUGGCUUGUUAUCCUUUCCCUCAUGCUCUCCGUCUUUCUUUUCGCUCUCGAUCAACUCAUUCUCGCCACCGCUAUUCCUAAAAUCACGGUCGCCUUCCAAUCCCUUACCGAAUUACCAUGGCUCACCAAUAGUUUCUUCAUGACUCUCUUAUCUUUCAAUCUGCUCUACACUCAAUGGUCACAACUAUUUCCCUCGAAACAUGUCAUGAUGUUCGCCGUUUUCAUAUUCGAAGUAGGAUCUUUGAUUUGCGCCUUAGCACCAGGAAUGACCGUCCUAAUCCUAGGUCGUGCAAUCACGGGUGUGGGUGCAGCAGGGAUCUUCGGUAUUGGAAUGGUCAUCAUUGCAGAGAUCACUCCGCUACACAAUCGAGCUCAAACUUUGGGUUUUUUGGGGGUCGUAUUCGCUAUCGCUUCCGUUAUCGGACCAUUGAUCGGUGGUGCUUUCGCUGAUCAUGUUUCAUGGCGAUGGUGUUUCUAUAUCAAUCUUCCCUUCGGUGGUUUGGCUUUCGCAAUGCUAUUCUUUUUGUUACCCACGACCGCUCCUCUAGGACGUAAAGCGACAUACAAGGGUUACAACAAAGAUAUGAUCAUGGCUGUCGUCAGAUGCGAUUGGGGGGCAAUGGUCAUCGCUAUGGCAUGGUCAGUCUGUAUCAUUCUAGCACUUCAAUGGGGUGGUGUCACCAAGAAAUGGAACGAUGGAAGUGUCAUCGCUACCUUGGUCAUGAGUGUUGUUCUCAUUCCAAUCUUCAUUGGGUAUGAAUGGUGGAUGGGUGAGGCCGCCAUGUUCAAACUUAGAUUGUUAAAGCGUCGGACCAUAGUUGGAGUCUCAUUAGUUCUUUUCUUCCUAUUCGCAAUCUUCAUGCUCGAGGUUUACUACCUUUCCGAAGCUUUCCAAGCCGUAUACAAUAAUUCCGCAACUGCUGCAGGUGUCAAACUCCUUCCACUCAUCCUUCUUCAAGUUUUCACUCUCAUCGCCUCUUCCAGAGUCAUCGGUCGGAUCGGUAGAUUCAAGUAUGUCAUCUUGGCCGGUCCAUGUUUCCUCGCCAUCGGUAGUGGAUGUUUGUACAGUGUGAAGUAUGGAACUCCUCAAAGUCACAUAUACGGUUUCCAAGUCUUGCUCGGGAUAGGAUUGGGGGUGGCUAUGCAGAACUCCAUGUUGGCUGUUCAGUUUGAGGUGAAGAAGGAACCUUGGUUGGUUUCUGCUGCUACUGGUGCUGUCAUCUUCUUGGGUUUCAUGGGUCGUAUUAUUGGUAUCAGUCUCGCUACCAGUGUAUUCCAAAAUAUGCUCCCUCGUAACUUGCACAAGUACGCACCCGGCCUCAGUCCAGAGUUGGUUUUAUCCGUCGUCAAUGAUGCUAGAGCAGUAUGGACCGUGAUACCCGAGGCAAUGAGAGAACCAACCCUCAUGGCAUACACUGAAACACUUCGAGACGUAUACAUAAUCGGAGUACCAUGUGCCAUCCUCGGUUUCUUUGGUGGAUUCUUGAUCAGGAACUCUAGGAUGCAAACGAAAGAAGAAGAAGAAGCAGCUAUCAGAGAAGCCAAA